AUGACUUACUGCUCACGUACCUUCAUCACUUUUAGUGAUGAUGCAACUUUCGAGGAAUGGUUCCCUCAAGGGCGGCCCCCAAAAGUCCCUGUUCGGGAGGUCUGUCCAGUGACCCAUCGUCCAGCCCUAUACCGGGACCCUGUUACAGACAUACCCUACGCCACUGCUCGAGCCUUCAAGAUCAUUCGUGAGGCCUACAAGAAGUACAUUACUGCCCACGGACUGCCACCCACUGCCUCAGCCCUGGGCCCCGGCCCACCACCUCCUGAGCCUCUCCCUGGCUCUGGGCCCCGAGCCUUGCGCCAGAAAAUUAUCAUUAAAUGAAGAGGUGUCUAGUCCUCAGAAACUUCUUCCCUGCCCUGAUUGGAGCUCCUGCUGUUCCCUUUCCUCUCCCUGCUUCUCCCCUUUGUCACCUCCGAUCUUUGCCCAAUCCUUUUCUCUUCUUCUUUCUCCUUUUCCCGUAGUUCAUCCAGGUUUUUUAAUCUAAUAAAUAUAGAAAGAUCCC